CUAAUGAGCCAUCUCAUUGUUUGCCAACCUACAAAAAAAAAAACAGAAGAAGACGCGCGUUAUCCAUGCCACCAUGCAUGCCACAUUCAUGCUAACCUAUAUCCGUGAUGCUAACACGCCGUGGGAAUUUAUGCUCUACUCAGCGAUAAACGUAAACGUUACCGGGAGGGCUUCAGGUGGAUAUUAGAAAAUAAAAAAUGCGGCGUCUGGGCUCUGUUCAGCAGAAGAUACCGUGUGUUUUUCUGACGGAGGUGAAGGAAGAACAGUCCAGAAAACGAGACUGUCAGCAAUUUCAGGUUGUUGCUACCGAAAAUGUGAACCCAGUUGCUCUGGAGGCCAACAUUGAUUGUGCAUUCGCUACAGAAAAACUAGAUGGAACUUGCUGUUAUGUUACAGUUUAUAAAGGACAGCCUCACCUCUGGGCUCGACUCGACAGGAAACCCAACAAACAGGCAGAGAAGAGGUUCAAAAAGUAUCAGCACUCUCACCGCAGCUGUAAAGGUUUCACGUGGAACGUAGAGUGUGAUUUUAAGACGGUGCCGGAGACGUGGAUCCCAGCCCACAGAGUCAAACAUCACAGUGGGCGUCCAGUGCCUGAUGAACAUGGACACAUUCCAGGGUGGGUUCCAGUGGAGAAGGACAACAAACAGUACUGCUGGCACUCCUCUGUGGUGGAUGAUGGAGUCGGGGCGGCUCUUGUUCUCCGGCCCAGCUCUGACGAUGAAGACAUGCUAGAAAUAGCAGCGGUCCCGUUGGCCGACCUCCUGGAACAAACACUGGAGCUCAUUGGAACCAAUGUCAACGGAAACCCUUAUGGAUUGGGGAGUAAGAAGCAGCCUGUCCACUGCCUGGUGUCACAUGGGAGCGUUGGAAUCAGAAACCCUCCACCAGUGGACUUCCAGCAGCUGUGCUCCUGGUUCCAGGAGAGUCCAGAGGGCCGAGUUGAGGGUAUUGUCUGGCAUUGCAACGACGGCACGCUCAUUAAGGUUCAUCGUCAUCACUUGGGACUGAGGUGGCCCGAUGGGGAAACCUACCUUGGUGACAAGUCGGUGGUCAUUCAUGUUGACGGAUACAACAGCAGCAGCCAGGACUUGUUCACAUCCUUCUUCAGACUUAAUGGACACUGUUUCAGUCGGCUGCCGGACAUCCAGUUUGACUUGUAAACACAGUCAGAGACAAUGAAACUUUCCUCUUUCUUAAGCUUCUGCUGUGACCCUGAGGAUUUGUCACGUUCACAAUAGCUGCCAGAUAUUUUUGCCAAUAUAAUUCCAGAUGGGUAGGCACAGAGGAGUGUAUUAAAGCCUGAAGAUGUUUGACAUUUGCUUGGCAGAAAUGUGUA